AUGAGUAUAAUCAGAAAGAGAAAGAAAGAAUUGAGACUACUAUUUGUAGAUGAUAUUGAGCAAAGAAAUGUUUGGACCAAGUGUGAGCUGUUUAAGCAGCAUAACCAGUAUAAAUACAAUAAAUGGUAUAGAGCAGAAGAUUUAAUAAAUAAGGGUGCUGAUGAAGAUAGUUGGAAGGUUGCUGCAAAAAUAGCAAAUAUAGAUGAAUUGGAUCCAAUAAUAGAGUUGUUUAAAA